AUGGCGAAUAUUGCGAAUCCUUUACCAUAUAUUACCAAGAGAGAAAGUGGACUUUUAUGUGAUCUUAAGACACAUUUAUUUAAUAAACGGCUAAACGCUUCUAAAAAUUUAUACCGUCGUGAUUUAGUUUGUCAUUUCGGAUGUGUUAACGCAAUUGAGUUUUCAUACAAUGGCGAAUUGCUCGUAUCAGGAGGAGAUGAUAGAAGAGUUAUGUUAUGGCAGUUUGGACAGGCAGUCCUCAAUUAUGGGAAGCCUGAAUCCAUGAAGGCACUGCAUCUAUCAAACAUCUUUUGUUUAGGUAUAACUUCUGAUAAUCAGAAGAUAUUCUCCGGUGGAAAUGAUGAUAGGGUGAUAGUUCAUGACCUAGAGAGCAAGAGUCCUCUAGAAGUUCUUCAGCAUCAACGUGCUGUCUCAAGCCUCAGUAUAGACCCUUUCAAUGAGCAGGUUGUUGCCACCGCUGGGAAUGAUGGCCGGCUAUUAUUAUUUGAUACCCGGCAAUCUGUACAUGAGUCCUUGGUCGUUUCUCGUAGUAGGAAAGCUUUUCAUGGUGUUAUGUAUCACCCGCAGCAAGUGAGCAUGCUUGUUUCCGCUAAUGAGAGAAACGGUGUAGCUCUAUGGGACCUGCGAUCUCCAAAACAUCCAGUAAUUCGCUACGUUGGUAGCAAAGGAUCUACUCAGAAUGGCAUGAGUGUGUGUUUCAACCAUUUAGGGACGCAUAUAGUCGCCCUGCGGCGUCGCCUGCCUCCCGUACUUUACGCCGUUCACUCUCCAGAACCCUUGGCGGAGUUCUUCCAUCAAGAUUACUACAAUUCCUGUACAAUGAAGAGCUGUUGCUUUGCUGGCAAGAACGAUCAGUUCGUGCUAUCAGGAUCAGAUGAUUUUAACUUGUAUAUGUGGAAGAUACCUGACACGGGUGGCGGUUGUAACGAUAUGCUAGUCGAGCCGCCUCACGUAGUUCUAUAUGGACAUAGAUCUAUCGUGAAUCAAGUGCGAUAUAACCCGCACUAUUGUCUCAUAGCUUCGUCUGGAGUUGAGAAGAUUAUUAAGUUAUGGUCAGCCCUGGAGUACCCUGACAUGCGAGGUACUCUCCUAGAAGAGGCCCAAGGUCCCGACAACCCUAGAGAGAUUUACACACACGAGGAUUAUGUGUCACUCGUGCAUCAUAGCGGACAGUACUUGUCCCACAACUACGCGGAGCAAUCAACGAGCGAGGAUCCCAGGAUGAUGGCGUUCUUCGAUUCCCUCAUGCAGAGAGAAUUGGAGUGUCUGGCCGAGGACACGGACUCCUUGGACGGCUCCAGCUCCCGGUCGGCGCGGGACAGCGGCUCAGACUCGAGUGAUAGCGACCAGAUAGCUGUUGACUUCCCAUCACUACCGCCAAAGAGAUGUGAGAGCCAGCGUUGUCAAAGCAGACUAGCCCGUCUUGUGGCCUCGCGUUAUCCCAAGAAUGUUCGAUCACAAAAGAGAGGUGCAUUGAGACGUAACAAACAAACUAGAACGUGUGUGAACAAAUCUUCGACUGCCGUGAAGGGGGCUCGUCCAGCGAGGCGGGCGAGGGGGCGAAGGCCUACGAAUACCAGGAGACUGUCACCCUCCAGUGAACGGACCGACUCAGACGAGCCAGGACACUGCAUGUACAGGAACACGGGCCGGAUACUCCGUCCAGCUAGACGAAGAAUGAACAGCACAAGAUCCAAUAAAAGAAAAUGUAAAGUUAAUUGCUACAGAAGAUCCAUGAAUUUAAGGAGCAAUGGUAACGGAGCUGCCCAAGACAGCAGUGACAACAAUAACGUUGAAAACGCUGACACUUUUGAAGAAAAUUUAGCUUUACCGAGCACAAGUACAGGGUAUAGAGGGCAAAACAAUUCGCUAUUUCGGAUAGCAGAAGUGGAUUCAGAUGAUGAUCAGUCAGUGAGCAGCCGGCCCAGGUCUGUGCGCAGUCAGAACCAGUCCGUACCUAAUUUAGUGAACAUCGUCCCCACACCUAUUAACGGAUCUAUUGGAGAUUUUAGAAAUGAUAAUCAUGAAUCGGAGAGCAAUAACUCCUCACCGCCGCCAGAGACCAGGCUGAGAAUGAAUUUGAGGAGAGUUAGGAGGAAUGGUCGCCAGGCUAUGAAUAGGUCGGACAGUAGUGGAUCACCACCUAUGAAGACGCAAGCAGAUAGAGCGCUCUCAGAGAGACUGUCUCCAAAAGGUUUCAACCGGACUCUAGCUAGACUCAUGAACGAGACUAAUGAGAGCGAAUUAGAGAGCAGUUGUAGCACCGAAGGCAGUCUAUGGCCGGCUCCAGACACUCUCGGGACACCAGACAGUGGUGUAGGAACUGUGGCGGGGAGUAGCACAAGGAAUCCCCUCCCCGCCGACGAAGUGUCCGAUGACCCUGAAUUUCAAGCAUAUAAAUUUCGACAAAGGGUCAAAAAGGCACGCAGAAAUUACAGAAAUCACAUGGAAUCAGACUCCAACUGA